AAAAACAUUGGCAACAAAUAACAUGGUAAAUGUAAGAUAUCUAUCAUUUGUUCCAUAAGUAGAAGUUGAGAUAAUCAUUUUAGACAGCGCCAAAUCAUUGUAAAGACACGAGGUUACAUCAUCAUUUUGUUAUCCUCAUUUUGUUAUCUUACGAAAAAAAAAGAAAAACAGAGAGGAACAGUUAUUAGAUGUUACGUAGGAUUAAGGAUAUAUUAUGUGUAGAAAACAAUUAAUAUCAUACCGGAUAAAGAGAAUUAGACAUCCAUGAUCCAACUAAACGAAAAAAUGAACAGAUAAAAGAUCCCUAGGAAUGAGGACGAGAAAGCGGGCACAUUCUUGAUCCGAAACCCGGCGCAGAUGGAUCAUGGUGCGUUGCGCUUUUCAUCUUCUUGCAGCUGCUCUGCUUACGUCAAAGCUGAGCCCUCCCCUCCAUUUAAGAUGGAUGCCCAUUUCAUUUCCAAUUUCAUAUCCAUAAUAAUACACACAAUUAAUGGCGUCUUGGAAUUCACUUCACCUCGAGCUUCUCUACAACGUUUUGGGAUGGCUCGCUUUCGUCUCUUGGUCCAUCAGCUUCUACCCUCAAGUCAUCUUGAAUUUCCGACGCAAAAGUGUGGUGGGCCUGAAUUUUGAUUUUGUGCUGCUUAAUUUGACGAAGCACUCCUCCUAUCUCAUCUACAAUGCUUCCCUCUUCUUUAGCUCCACCGUGCAGCGCCAGUACCGCGAGAAAUUCGGUUCGGAUGAGAUGAUACCUGUUGCUGCUAACGAUGUGGCUUUCUCUGCUCAUGCUGUUUUGCUCACUGUUUUUACCUUGUCUCAGAUUGUCAUGUAUGAUCGUGGGAGCCAGAAAAUUUCGAAAACUGCUGCAGUAAUUGUUUCUGUGGCGUGGCUAUCCGCUGCAGUUUGUGUUUUCGUGGCUAUACCAAGACAUUCCUGGUUUUGGCUGGUGUCGUGCUUCAACACUAUUCAGGUUGUUAUGACGAUAAUCAAAUACAUUCCUCAGGCUGUGUUGAAUUUUCGUCGAAAGAGCACGGUGGGAUUUAGCAUUGGCAACAUCUUGCUUGAUUUCUUUGGAGGGGUCACAAACUAUUUUCAGAUGGUCGUGCAAUCCAUAGAUCAAAAUUCCUGGAUCAACUUCUACGGGAACAUCGGGAAGACGAUGAUAUCUCUGGUCUCCGUCGUGUUCGACAUUCUCUUCAUGGUUCAGCACUACGUGCUGUAUCCCGCUAGCAAGAGGGCGUCUCUUCACCCUGCUCCGGUAAACAACGAGCCACUGAUCGUAACCCCCGACGACCCUCCCUCUCAGAAUGUGUGAUCACUAAAACCCCAACACCUACUUCUUCUGUUAUUUGCUAACACAAGAAACUCCCAUUCUGCACAUGUGUACCAAUCAUAGAUUUCCUCCGCUGCGAAUUACUACCAUUUUAUAACUGCGUUUACUCAAGAUUUAUUA